CAAAGCAUUUAAUCGUUAGUUCAUUAGAUAUUAAUUCGUGUGUUUACAGGAAGUGGUAGAAGGUACUUAGUAUCAAUGGAACGGCUCGCAGAGAUCACAGUUCCGCCACUCCCAUUUGUAAAAUCGGACGAUGUUGAAGGUUGGACGGUCCAAAUUUUCCGGUCGAUAGAUGAUGGUGCGGUUGGAGGAUUCCCUGAGGAUCCUCGUGAAGCUUCGAGCGUAGGACUUAUAACCGGAAAAGAUAACGUCAUCGAAAGAAGCAUACAAGACGCUUACAUUAACGCCAUAAGGAGAGCCAAACACUUUAUCUACAUUGAGAACCAAUACUUCCUAGGAAGCUCCUUUGGAUGGAGCUCUAGAGACAUUAAUAUAAAUGAGAUCAACGCUUUACACCUCAUUCCCAAAGAGAUUUCUCUCAAGAUAGUGAGUAAGAUCGAGGCAGGUGAGCGGUUUUCAGUGUAUGUCGUGAUACCGUUGUGGCCUGAAGGGAAACCUGGUUCUGCUUCGGUUCAGGCAAUAUUAGACUGGCAAAGGAGAACAAUGGAGAUGAUGUAUACUGAUAUCGUCAUUGCUCUUAGGAAGAAAGGUCUAGAUGCAAACCCUAGAGACUACUUAACGUUUUUCUGCCUCGGGAACCGGGAAGUUAACAAGGCGGGUGAGUACUCGGCUCCUGAGAAACCAGCGGCUAAUUCUGAUUACGCAAGAGCUCAAGAAUCUCGUCGGUUCAUGAUCUAUGUUCAUUCUAAAAUGAUGAUUGUUGAUGAUGAAUACAUAAUAAUAGGAUCAGCAAAUAUCAACCAAAGGUCUAUGGAUGGAGGUCGAGACUCAGAGAUCGCAAUGGGAGCAUACCAACCUAACCAUCUGCUAUCUACCAAUCAAAUGAAGCCAACGGGUCAAGUUUUCAGCUUUAGGAUAUCACUAUGGCUUGAACAUCUACGGAUUAUAACCAAUCCAUUCAUGUUCCCUGAAAGCGAAGAGUGCAUAAGAAUGGUAAAUGCAAAGGCAGACGAGCUAUGGGGACUAUACUCAGCACAAGUGUACCCUCGAGAUCAUGAUCUACCGGGGCAUUUACUUAGUUAUCCGAUUAGCAUUGGUACCAACGGGGAGGUAACAAAUCUUGCUGGUGCGGAGCUGUUUCCUGAUACAAACGCAAAGGUUUUAGGUGAAAAGUCUAAUUAUCUCCCUCCCAUCCUCACUACUUAAGCGAUGUAACACUUGCAUUGCAUACUACUAUAUGCAGAAUGUGUAAUUUCGGUUAAUGUAGUUAAGUCUAGUUUAAAUAAGAUUUGAGACAAAAAAAAGAGUUUAAUGUGAAAAAUAGUCUAGACCCUUUUAAAUAAAACUUAUGGAUAAAAAACA